CUCCCGCUCAAACGCCAAAUGUCUUCGUCUUAGUUCCAGCCCGACCUCCAAUCCCCCCGCCCCCCGGUCCUCUCCAACCUUCCAGAACCUUCACGAUCCCAUGAGCGCUCACUCCCGAACCUUCUAGAGCGUCCCUUCCCGGCCGCCAUGAGCCGCCGCGAGCCCGCCGCCUCCCCCUUCCGCGACCUCUCCAACCUCCGCACCCCAAGACCUAACCCCAAGCACGUACCCGCCUCCCCGACCUUCUUCACCGCCUCCAAAACUCCCCUCCAGGCUCCCACGCCGACGCCGCUCCGCCUCCGGAGGCCCGGAGACGGCGCCCCUACCCCGACGCCCCUCGGCCGCCGCCUCCGCGCGCUCGAGGUCGACCAAUCGCGCUCCGCCCGCCGCGCCGAGUCCGGCCGCGAGCGCGCGCUCCGCUCAUUCGCCGCCUCCGCCUCGUCAUGGCUCUCGCUGCUCCUCCGCGACCCAGCAGCCUGCGGCUGCUCCCCGGCGGCCACGGGUACCGCCGCGGCCGCGCAGCCCUGCGCGGCGGGCGAGCGCGACGCUCUCGGUGGAGAUCGGGCGCGUGGGGUGCGCAGCCCGAAGCGGCGCCGCGGUGGUGGUGAUCGCGGCGGGGAGAAGAGGAAGGAGAUGACGCCGGCGAUGAUUGCCGCUUUACGGGAUUCUCUGAGGGAGGUGUGCAGCCUGGACGAUGUCACGGAGAGGAUGGGGAGGUAUAUGAGCAAGGGCGCGUGCGAGGAGGUGCUCGUCAUGAUCUUUCAAGUUUGUAAGAGCAUUGAUGAAGGCAGACUGAAGAUGAAAGCACAGUGCCCCCUUGUUACUGAUCUUAGGCUCAAAGAGAAAGCAACUAGGAUUUUCAUGUGCUACAAUCCAGAUUGGCUUAGGAUUGGCUUGCAUAUUGUUCAUGGCGGUGAUUCCUUGAUGCAGUGUGGAUUAGGAAAACGGGACAAGGAGGUUCAUUUUCUAAAACUAAUUCUGGAGAAGCAGAUGUUUUCUCAAAUCAUGACUGCAAAGUUUUGUGCGCACAAGAAGGUGGUAGAAGGGCACAAUGUACAGGGUUAUAGUGAAGCAUCGGGCAAUAUCAUACUGAAAAGAAUUUUUCUGUUUGUUGCUGCACUAGAUAGAGCCAAAAUAGAAAGUGCUCUACCUCUUGAAGCUGGAAUUGAUGGCCUUGACGGUGGAUCCCCUCUCUUAUUUUGUCACCAAGGCCAAGUAAAAUCUAGUCGGCAAAUCAUUCAGGAGUCUUUGGGGGAGGCCAUGCACGGAGAAGGUGACCUUCUGAUGCACCUCGCAACUAUGGGGUAUAAACUAAAUUAUCAACAGCCUGCUCUAUCAGAAUAUGAUUUCACUGUAAGGAGUCUAUUUGAAGAUCUCCAAGAUGGCAUAAUUCUCUGUAGAAUUGUUCAGCUGCUCAUCUCAGAUGCAUCGAUCAUUUUGAAUGUGAUUGCUCCCUCAGAUACAAAAAAGAAGAGGUUGAGUAACUGCACCACUGCUAUACGAUACAUCAAGCAAGCUCGGGUUCCAUUAUCUGAUCCUGAUGGAGUCACAAUUUCUGCAGAAGACAUCAUUACUGGGGAUAAGGAGCUUAUUCUUUCAUUGCUGUGGAAUUUAUUCAUCCAUAAGCAGCUGCCCUUGUUAGCUAGCACAUCAUUAUCUCGUGAAUUAACCAGGCUAGGUGUACCUUUGAUGUCAAUGGAACAACGAAUGCCUGAGAACAAAUCACACAUGGUCUUGCUUUACGAUUGGGUUCAGGUGAUACGCUCAAAAUAUGGCAUAACAGUUGAAAGUUCACCUCAGUUUGACAGGAGAGCACUGAACUGUCUCGUCAACUAUUAUUUGAACAUUGAUGUUUUCCCUAACGAGGAAACACAAACAGGUUGCCGAAAGGAAUUGUUCACCUGUCAUGAACUUGAUACUUUAACUGAUAUCACCAGCUGCCCAUCCAGCAAGAUGGGAAAAGUAUUUGCAGAUGUACUUCAGGACAUUCCAGGUAGUAAUAUCCUAGCUGAUGGUGUAUUAAUUGAUGAGAAGAGUGCCAUUCUUUUGCUAGCUUUCCUAUCUUCACAUCUGACUAAUGACAAAAGAUUGGAUCAACUAAAGAAUUUGAUCAAUAUGAGGUUGCACUAUGAGAGCCCGCAGACUAAUAUUUCAGCAAGAUAUAGAUCUGGAGGAAAGAAUGAUGUAAAGUACCAACUCCACCAGAGAGAUAACAAAGAUGGCUCAUGUACCAACCAGGAGUGGGCUGCAACAAUUAUUCAGAGUCAGACUAGAAGUUUUAUUGCAAAGAAUAAAUAUUGCAAGCGUAAGAAGGCAAUAUUUAUCCUGCAAGGUGCUAUGAAGGCAUGGUCAGCCACGACCUUGAAAAGGAACCGUUGUCCUUUAACUGCCGCUGCCACUACUUGGCAAGCACAUGAAAACUACAACAGAUACUUCAUUUGCAUAAUGGAGAGGAAUAGAUUUGUGCAGAUGAGAAAAUCUGCCAUUAUAAUUCAGCAGGCUGUAAGGGUUUGGAUUAGAGGAAGAAAAAGGCUCGAGAACAAUGAGCCCUUUGAAAGAUAUGAGUUCCCAGAAGGUAAAACUCCAUCCAAAACUAGUAGCAUUGCUCCUUCCCCUCAGGAGCAUUGCAGUGGUGAUGAUAAAACCAUAGCUUCAGCCACUUCAUGGCAGCACUGCGAGCAUGUGGAUACAUUGAAAGCUUCUGCUGCUGCUCAUAUUCUUAGUUUUGAUGGCAUGGACAGUCUAGGUUCAACCGCUUCACAGCAGCUUGACAACAAACAGAGCAACUCUAUAAUUUCUGCCACUCAACCGUGCAAAAGCGGGCAUGAAUCUAUACCUCGUCCCAGUUCUCCAUUGAAUAUGUUUGAGAGUAGCUGUAAAAGUACAGCUAGAUCUCAGUUGUGUGAAGUUGAGACUCCCAACGUAAUUUCUGUACGUAAGCUUGCAAGUGAGGAUGAUAUGGAUUAUAGCAGUAAUAUUUCUUCUCAAGCAUUCUUAGAGCACCAACAGCUUGUAUCUACCCGGAUUGGUUUACCUAUUUGCAAGGAAUCACUGACUGCUCAGAGGAUACAAUCUGCAUAUAGAAUAUUCUUGAACAACAGAAACUUAAGGAUAACUGCUGCAAUUAAAAUCCAGAGCCAUUGGCGGUGUUAUUCAGUACACAAGUGCUUCACAAGGCAAGUUCAGGCUAUUGUAGGAAUCCAGACCUCAGUAAGAUUGUCCUUGUGCCGUCAGGCUUGUCAGCGCAACCAACUCUCCGCAGUACUGAUUCAGCGAGUUGUCAGAGGAUGGUUAGCUAGAAAGAGACUGUUAGGUUCUUCUUCGCUCCAAACCUACACAAGACUUUGUGUACUUGACCAAUGUCAACAGAGAAAAUGUCAUCAAAGCCUUGAGUUGAAGAUUGUGCUGCAUUCAGUCAUAAGGCUACAAAGAUGGUGGAGGAAGUUCCUGUUCCAUCAGUCUGUACGAACAUCUGUGAUCUCAAUUCAAUCUUUUGUCCGUGGCUGGCUGGCACGGAAACGAGUAAAUCGUAUUGUAUGCUGCAUCAACAUCAUUCAAAGAUGGUGGCGAAAGGUUUUAUUCCUUGAAUCGAGGACGCGAGCUGUGACUAUUAUCCAGACUCAUUUCCGUCGUUGGGUCGCACGACAAGAUGCUAUUAAAACUAGAAACUGUAUUACCACAAUACAGAGAUGGUGGAGAAAGGUUUUGUUCCUUAAAUUGAGGAGGCGAGCUGUGAUUGUUAUCCAGGCUCAUUUCCGUGGUUGGGUAGCACGACAAGCUGCUUUUAGAACUAGAAAAGUCGUUACUACAAUACAGUCAUUUGUCAAAGCCUUCCUUGUGCGGAAAGCUUCGAAGCAAGAAGUUGCUCAUAUAAGAUCAAGACUGCAGAAGUCUUCUUCACAAGUUGAUGAUAGUAUGCGCCUGAUCAACAGAUUGGUGGCUGCACUGUCGCAGCUUCGUCAGUCUAGGAGCACACACAGAAUUAGACAAGCUUGCACUACAUUGAGUACGGCUACAGAAUAUUCGAAGAAAUGCUGCGAGACACUAGUCACUGCUGGAGCCGUAGACAUAUUGCUGAAGCAAAUCCACUUGCUGAACCGUGGGAUUCCUGACCAGGAAAUCUUGAAGCAAGUGUUCCUUACUUUCAGGAACAUUGCACGCUAUCCAAAUCUUAGACAGGUGUUGGUCAACACUCCAGAAUCUGUUGAAAUCAUCUUCCAGGAAUUACUGAGGAGCAAAUCAGCUGGGUUCUUCUUCAUCGCGUCAGAUGUUCUGAAGAAGUUAUGUGAAUCCAAGGGAGGCCAUGAAACCGCCCGGGCGCUGCAUCACCACAUCAAAAUGCUGCGAAAUCUGGUGCAAGACCUGGAAAAGAAGGUGGAACUCGACAAGAGGAAUGGCCGCACUGGAGUUGUGAAGGAGAACAAUCUACGGCGGCUUCGGGAGGCUGCCACGCUCUAUCAUCUCCUCACUUGGUGAUGUUUAACGCGUCGGUGAUAUAGCUAGCUGAAAGGCUAUCCUCUGCCGUUUUGCUUAUGGCCAUUUGGUCCUGCAAGGUUUACAUGUUAUUCGGUAAUUUGAAGUUAGUUGUGGUGCAAGUGUCAAGAAUCUUGUGUGGGAUAUGAUGCAAGUUCUGUUGCAGGCUUUAGUGUGUGAUACUGUGAUCGUUUUGUGUGCCAAGUGUGAUAAGCAUCGGCUUGAUGUAUUGGGUUAACUGCCUUACCAUCUCGAAUGUGAUUGUUCUGUGUAGCAGGUAUGAUAAUGAUCAGCUUAUUCA